GCAUGAUGUUAGGGGAGGCAGAACCAAGUUAUCUGUGACGCAACUGGUCAGUCAGUUAUAUUUAUUUUAUUUUAUAAUAAUAAUAAUAAUAAUUUAUUAUUUAUACCCCGCCCAUCUGGCUGAGUUUCCCCAGCCACAUUUACUUGAUUUUUUUUUGCAGGGGUGUCCAGCCCCAUGGGUCUAAAAGACCCCCGGCUCUGAAGUUGAUGGAAACUGCCACUCAAAUCGUGUGCAUGAACCGUGUCAUGAGAUCACGCGCGAGGGUGGGCCGCCGAAGGCGAUUCAGGAUCCGGUUUCGGAGCCUCUUCCUUCUUUCAUUUCAAACCUGGAUCCCUCAGUCUCGUCAGGGCCGACAGGAAAGUGAGGGAAAGAAGCGGGGGAGGGAGUGGCGAACGACAUAGCACUUCCUCUCUCCCCCCCCCACUCUACCCCACCUCGCAUCGCCUCACCUGCACGGGAAGGUCCCACCGCAGCCGAGCCACCGCCGGAGAAGCCGAGCCACGUCCCCAUCCUCCUCACCUCCACGCCGCCUCCCUUCCUCGUUCUCUCAGGUGACCAAUCGAAUCCCUCGGAGGAGCCGCCUAGCCAAGCUCGCGCCCCGCCCUCAGCCAACCAGAACGGCGGGCUCCGCCCCCUCUCCAUAACGAACCCCCUGCCAUUACCUCACCCGUCAAAAACAACCACUCGGCUUCUCUCAGCGUGAAGGAGCACAGCGGAGCUACUCGCCGGCGCUUUCCCUCGCUUUCGUUUCUUUUUUUAACGCCUUGUGGGAAAUGUAGUCCUCCUGGUGGACUGUGGGAAAUGUAGUGAACGGGGUUGUUUAUAUAUACAUGUACAGUAGAGAGGGGUACAGUAAUCGCAACCGCCUCCGUUGCGGUGCAUUGUGGGAAGUAUAGAAUUCCCACUCCACCCCUCCCACGCUCGCAUCGGCCAUAGAGGUAAGAUAUUUACAGAGCUACAAUAGAAUGGAGGUGGGACUUCCUGGUUUCCUUUGACGCUCUUUUUUGCCGCUUCACUAUAUGACGGAAGGGGAAGGCGUCGGUAGAAAAACAAUGGGGAAAGGCAGUAUUUGGGUAUAGCUGCUCCUGAGCAGCAGUAUGCCUAGCCAGAAACAGAAGGUAACAGCAAAGGGCAUGUUAUUUUCGACUCGGCUCUUAUUUUGUGUGGGAAAUGUGGGUGGGAAUUCUUAGAAUUGCAUUGACUGUACCAAAACAGCCGUCGUAGCCUGCCUUCAAAUCUGGGCUUCUACAUGCAGUUCUGCGCUGAACUGAUCUGAGGGCGGGAUUAUCUUGUUGCAACAUGGUGUUUUUGUACGAGGGAUAUUUUUGAGGCUGUAAAUGCAAACUGGCCUCAGCAUCCCCAUCUAUAAUAGUGAAGUUAAAAAAGGAGGCUGGACCUUUCCAGGUUACGGCAAAAAACAACAACAGUCCCCACCUUAGAUCUCCUCUCAGCCCAAAUCCAGCACUGAACUGCGUGCAGAAGUCUUGUGCUUCAACAAGCUGCAUACGAGUGCAUUGCCCACUUAAAAAUCGUUAAUAACUUAAAAAAACAAAAAACGGCAAGACCAGCGCUAAGAAGCAAAUAAAUCCUUUGUAGAAGGCUUGUAGUUGCCCAGUUACAGGGGACGGGGAAUCCCGAGUUUCUCCAGCUUUUUGUCUCCCUUGUGACGCUCGAAGCAAGCAAACAAAAAGUUAGCCCAGAAGUGAGACGCUUCGCAUGAGUCUACUAUUACACAUCUACGGCAGCAGCCGGUUGAGAGCGGAGUGCACCAUGGGUAACGUAGUUCCUCCUUCCCCUUCUCUCUUGUCGGGCCUUGCAGGAUUCCCCCCAGCGCUACCUCACGGGCGCGGUAGCGUCGCACCUUUUAGUACUGGAACCGCGGGAAAGAACACAACUCGGGGGCGGGAGUUUCCGAAGACGAUCCUAGGCGAUGGCAGGCGGUUGAGGGUCGUGAGGGAGCGGGGGGGGGGGAGGCGGCCCGGUACGCGCGUGCGCAGGAGGACGCCGUAGCGGCGGCGGCGGCGGCGGCAGCAGCAGCGCUGGCGCUGGAUAGUGAAGUUGGUUGAAAGCGCCGCUGAUAAAAUGGUAGGUUGCGCACGAGCGGGGGGGGGGAGAGGGAGAGGAGAGAGGAAAAACUGCACCGGUUGUUUAAUAACAGCCCCCCCCUUUCCCGCUUCCGCGAGCAGGAGGAGGAAGCAGCGGAAUAAAAGCUCCUCCCGCCGGGCUGCCGCCUGAGGGCAAAGUGCAGCGCAGCGAGCGACCUUGCUCUCUUUCCCCUUUAGGUCUCUCCCGUCUUCUGGCGCCUCAGUCAAGGAAGGUCACGAGGCGGCCGGCUUUUUUUUUUUGGAGAGGGGGCGGCAAAGGUUCUUUUGAGACUUAACCCUGUCUGCCUUCCUCUCUCCUUCCCCGUCAUUGAAGCUCUCCAAGCCCCGAGGCGAUCCUGUAACACUAACCCGGACACACGGGUGUGCGUCUCGUGUGAAUGAAAGGGAGGUUGUUUUUUUGUGCGUGCGUGCGUGUAAUGGGAUUCUUGGGGGAGAAGCUAAUAGCAGAAGCACCGCAGCUACAGUACUUACUGCCACCACGGCUGGCUGACGGGCUCUCACCACCACUAACUCCACCACGUACCUUUCCCUUUUUUGGGCAGCGGAGAAGCUGGCAGGGUGCUGCAGCCUGACGACCUGUCUCUCUCUCUCUCUCUCUCUCUUUCUCUCUUUCACACACACACACACACACACCGAUUUUGUCCGGCUUCUUACAGACCGGCCCCCAAAGCUAUACUUCUCUCUUUGCCUUUCUUCCCUCUUUUCCCACCCGCACCGCCUCCCCUCGGCUCUGGGGAGAGGGGUUUCUAUAGGGGGGAUAUAGGCCGGGGUGAGCUGUCCCGCGGGGGGGCAAGGAGCCGCAGGUGAAUGAGUUGCCCGUGAGCCGCUAAGGUGCUCUUCCCUCCUUCCUUUUGCGCUCCUAAGACCAAAUCGUUCCCACACACACUCGGUUAGGAUCUGGCAUCGCUCAAUUUCCCCUCAUUCGUCUUCUGCUAGGUAUGAUAAUGAGUGGUUUAUUUGGAGAGAAAGCCGAGUUUAAAUGAGGAUCUCAAAUUAGAAUCAGAAUAAAUGUAUUUUAAAAACCCUGAUUCAGGAAGUUCAAUAAACUGCUUGCUUGCUUAUUUAUUUAUAUUUUAUUCAUUAUUUUUGCCUGUGAAAGCUCAACUUCUCACAUUAUCCCCAAAAGUGAAUGAUGAAUCAAAACAAGCAAGCCUCUCUUUACUUCAGUGAUAAAACCUUGAAUUCCUGGAUCUUGAAAUUGGCUGGCAAGUAAGGAUACAGGAGCCAUGUUUUACUUGGAUUUAUUUUCCAAUGUGGUGGUUCUCAGGACUCUUUCACAAACAUUUUUUUACAUGGGGCUUCUUUAGAAUAGGAGAGAAGUCUUGCUGUAGUUUUGGUCGUGCAGUUUCGUAUGCUAAGAGGAUUUUAUAAAGAAAAUGCCAUCGUGAAUGGUGACACAAAAUAUCACAACUGUGUUCAUCUUACUGAGAGAUAUUUCAAGACUGUACUGGCAGUAAAGAAAUGCAAAUGAAACAUUAAUGCAAUAGGAAUGUACUGUUAAAGUGACUUCAUGUUACUGUGUUUUUGGAUGAUACAUUUAUUUAUUAUUUAUUUUGGUUUCUAACCUGAAACAAUACUUUUAGAAUGCUGGCUUCUGAUUUUUAUCAUGAUUAUGUAUCUCCACUGAUACUGCAACUAAGUGCAAUCCUAUGCAUGUUUGCUUUCAAGUAGCUCAUUCAUUUUAAUGGAACUUAACUCCCAAGUAAAUGUGUAAAGGGUUGUAUCUUCAGUGUUUUUAGACCCUUGAAUAUAUGGUAGUGUAAUUACAUGUUGUGUAAUUUAUGCUUUAUAAGGGCACAGUUUGGUUCUUAGGUUUAUCAUAACACCACUACUUAAAAGUUACUUGACUAAAGAUUUGGCCCCCUUAAUGAAUAGCUACUGUGUAGAUAAAACUGGAUAUUCUAAUGAGGAAAGUUGAUGUAUCUAGAAUUGUAAUGCUAAGACUGAAAUGAAUUGCACUCAGAAUUUUGUUUGUUUGUUAAAAAUGUACAUAUAGAUGCUGUCAUUUCAGUUUUCAGAAGAGAGUGCUGUCUUUAACUACAGAAGAACAAGGAUUUCUUUGGGUUAUUCUGGAGUGAAAUUUGUUACCCAACAAGAGAAGUAAACCCUUUUAAAAGAUAGGCAGUUAUAGUAGAAUUCUGAAACAAACGACUGGAUUAGCUUCAUUGGCUUUCCUGCUUCUUUUGCAUCCCAAAGCAUAAACUUAAAUCGUCUCAGAAGGACAAGGUCCGCCAGUUUAUGGCAGUUACCCAGGCUGGUGAAAGGACUGCUAUAUACUGUUUAAUGCAGAAUGAGUGGAAACUAGAAGUGGCAACAGACAACUACUUCCAGAACCCAGACUUGUACUACAAAGAAUCCAUGAAAAUUUCAAUAGACAGAAAGAAAUUAGAACAAUUGUAUAACAGGUACAAAGGUAAGGUUUAUUUUUUCAUUAUUUCAUUUGGACUUGGUUUCAGCUUUUGCCUAAAUCUUUGGGGUUUGGGGAAUCUGUAAUCCUGAACAUAUCUACUUGGAAGCAACACCCAUUGAAUUCAGUGCAUUUGGUUGUGGGUAAACAUGCAUAGUAUCAGGCUGUAAACUAAAUGUGAAUGUAGAAGUCUGUUCUAAUGAUCUCUGUAUAUACUACUGUAAUAAUCAGAAACCUCCAAGUAUAAAGCUCUCUCCCCCUGCUUUAUCUUUGCCAUUCAAUAUGACAUAAUUCUAUUUUAAAAUUGAAAACACUGUAAGUGCAAAUCCAGCAUGCGUGCUAAGGAAGAGCAAUCUAGCUGCUUAAAUUUGUAUGUGUGAGAUGUACUAGCAGUAUAUUAAGUGCUAUAUAUAGCUGUAGCUAGCAGGGUCAUAUGGGUAGGGCUGUGUUGCUCUCUGGCCUUCCCAGUGCCACAGGUCAUUGCUGGUUACCAAGGGUGGGAGGGGUAACAUAGUGAGAUAAUCAGCACGUUUUGGGUGCAGCUGCAGGGUCAAUCCAAUGAUCCCAAUUCUGCCCCCUCAUGGUGCAAAGCAAGUUGGAAAAACGGGAGCGCAAUGCAGCCCCACCCACACUACCCUGUCAGCCACUACGGACUGUGUGGAUCUUGUAGUAUCUGAUUCAUUACACAUGAACUGAAGACUUUUUAUAAUUAAAUUGCAUCACCCUGAUCCAGUUUCUAUUGUCAAUCACUUGCUGGUGUUAUGGGCGUAAGAAUGGAGGUGCUGUUUAUACUCCCUGCAUUGUUUUCCAUAGAAUGUGUGUUCUAAUGUGCAUUCUCAUUCACAUUGGAAUGCCUAUGUUGAUGGUUAUAUAAGUGUAUACUCCUUUGAAACCAGGUGAGGGUAGCCGAUGGGUCUCAAACCCCUGGUGAGUUAGGGACUUCCGUUGCAUAGGAAGACAGGCUCUGGUGGAUUGAACGGACGAGACAAUAUUGGGUCCACUGGUCAAGAAGGCAGAUUCUGCACAUGCUAUAGAGCAGGGGUCAGCAAACAUUUUCAGCAGGGGGCCAGUCCACUGUCCCUCAGACCUUGUGGGGGGCCGGACUAGAUUUUUUGGGGGGAUGAACGAAUUCCUAUGCCCCACAAAUAACCCAGAGAUGCAUUUUGAAUAAAAGCACACAUUCUACUCAUGUAAAAACACGCUGAUUCCCGGACCGUUCACUGGCCGGAUUUAGAAGGCAAUUGGGCUGGAUCCGGCCCCUGGGCCUUAUUUUGCCUACCCAUGCUAGAGGGAAGUGAGAGGCAGAUGGGACUUGUGAACUUGGGAAGGUAGCCCAUCUAGAAGAAAGCUGAUCCUAAACCUCGGCUGCCUUGCUAAAUAUCUUCAAGAGAAGAAAAAGCUAAGGAGCAAACCCUACUCAAAUCCAGAGCAGAGUCCCUAAAAUGGUUAGAUGGCAUCUUGUACACCUCCUUCGGGCAACUCCUGCAGCCAGGCUGUUGCCAGAUGUAUUGCUCCGCUUCCCUUUGGACCACAUCAGCGAGGCUGAGAGGGGGUCCUGUCAUCUGGGCAGCCCAGGGCCUCCAUACACACUGCUCAGGCUUGCACCCUGGGGAAGUCACUGGUGCUGUUAACACAGUGGUUUGACUCCACCCUUGGAGUUGCACUCCAUUGUCUCUUGAGAAGGACAGAUGCCAACAACUCCUUUGAAAGUAGGGGUGGGGCUUAUGUGCACUCUGCUAACAUGCAUGAUCACCCAGAACACAACCCCCGUGCACACUUGGGGUUGUCUGUAUUUUAUUAUUGUACAGGCAACCCCCAAUUUACAUGGGUGUUGCAUUCUGGGUAAUCGUGCACAAUGGCAGAGUUCACAUAAGCACGUUACACCCCGGUUCAUUCUGUUUUCCGGGUCGAUGCAAUGCACGCAGUCGCAUGUCAAUUGGAUGCACGCAAAUUGGUCUUUGCCUGUAUGUUAUGUUCAUCACAAAUUGAGAGGUAGAACAAUAUGAAUUUUUAAAAAAGGUUUAGUAUCCAGUGAAGGAGUGAAAACAUACUUAAUUUUUCGCAGUUAUAUGUGAGACUAUGUCACUGUUGAAUUAUUUAUAUUUAAAUCUGUAAUUUGCUUGGAUUUAUAUUCUGUGCUCUCUUUCACAAGUAAUACAAAGCUAAAACAUGGCCCAGUGUGCAAGCUCCAGAGGAGAUCAUGGCUGCAUUGCUCCCUCAUUCCUGCUCCUGCUGCACUUCAGUGAGCUUAGCCCCAUAACGCCCCUUUUUGGGGAUGUAUACCAGCCAUAGCUCAACUGGCUGAGCUGGGAUGUGCAAGGUACACCAGUGUAUCUUGACUGAACCAGGGUUGGGGACUUUAUGCCAUCUCAACCUGACUGAACAGGAGAUCUGUAUCAUAAGUAGCACAUCUUGCCAUUGGUUUGUCCCUAUAAAGCUUUUUAAAAAAUAAAAAUAAAUCAGUCACUGUCCUUUGGAGGUUCAAAUCUGUAAGAUUUUUCACCCAGCCUUGAAUCCUUGCCACUUUGAGUGUAAUGUUUAUCAGUGCUUGUGCUUUAAAGUUUAAUAGUGUCUCCCAGUACUAUGGAUGCAAUCUGAUUGUUAAACCUCCCUGUUAGCAGAGGAACAGCGCUCAAUCCCUCUUCCCAUGGAACUCUGGGAAUUUUAGUUCUGAGAAGGGAAUAGAGGUCUAACAACUCUCAGCACCUGUAACAAACUACAAUUUCCAGGAUUCUGGGAUUUAAAUGUCUGGUGUUAACACUUCUAUUGUACUAUUGUAAGAGAUUGAAUAUGGUCUUUUCUUCUAAAUUGCUUGGUAGCUUACUCAGUCUUCAGUAAGCAAUCAUUUGCUAAACUUUAUCUCAGAACGUACAUAUGUUUGGGUAAUAUGCAAAUUUACUUAAGCAAUUGGUUAAAAGACAGAUUGUUAACAAACCAAAAUACUUUAAUCAGCUGACAGCUCCAAUGAAAUGUGUUAUAAUAAUAUGCUGGUGUCUGAAAGACGUUGUUAGUUUUACUUGUAAAAAAAAAAACAACUAUGUCACAAAUGGCAGAGUUGUAGAUCACAUUUCCACUAAGCAUAUGCAGAAAAUUGGAGAGCUCAAGGUAGCUUAUUGUCCUUUAUUAGUAUUAUAGGGACUUUAAACAGAAGCAGACUUGAAGAGGACAUUUCAUUUGCACCUGUAGUUAACUGCUUCAAAAGCAGGCUCUCAGAGAGAUGAAUGAAAGACUAGAGUGAUCCAUAGAAUUUAAGUUAGAAAAUCUGUUCUUGUGUGUAUGAUUGUCUAAUAACCUCUUACAGCAAUCAUCUGUUUUUCAAGCCCUUAAGAGAUUUAUGGAGAUGUGAAACACAUCCAGUACAAAGGUCUAUUUUAAAUAUCAUUACAACUCUUCAGUUGGAAUUUUAAAAGUAAGACUGUCUUUCUUUGAAAUUUCAACAUAUACUGUACUAUAAAAUGUUGACAUACUAUUUAUUUAAAUUUUGGAAUUCAAUUUUAAAGAAAAUCAGAGAGGAUGGUCUUGUUGGUUAGUAAGGUUAAGGUGUGUAGUUUAGAUUGGAUAGAAAAAAAUGUAGUGCCCUCUAGCUGUUGUAUUACAACUCCCAUCAGUUCCAGGCAGGCCAGGGAUUAUGAGAGUCCUAGUAAAACAAUGUCUGGAGGACAUCAUGUUGUUCAGAUGGAGGAUACCUGAUUUAGAUUCACAACCCAGUUGAAUUUUGUAACUUCAUAUAAUUCCGUUCUAUCAUAUGAAACAUUUAAGUGUAAAGAAGACAACAGGAGUGAGCUUCUUUAAAGUCUGAAAUUGCUUUUAUAUCAGACACAGAAAACAGAAGUAUGUCUGGAAAUUUCUUGGAUUAAAGCUGUGUGUUUACAGCCGCAUCUGUAGGUGGGUUCAGCUAGAGUACUUGGAUUUAAGGUUUUUGACCACUUGGCUUCAAGUGCUUUAACUUAAAAACUUUGUGGAUUGCAGAUCUAGGCAGGUGCUCUGCUCUGCCCUCAUGACUGAGGGGCCCGUGGCUGUGCAAUGUCACCACGCCCCAUGGUGUGCGUGAGCCCUGGCCCCCUCAGUUUUGUGAAAAAUGGAGUAGCAGGAUGUUUUCUGAUGGUUAAAGAGCUGCAAUUCUUUGAACUGUGAUUCUUCAUGAAAAAAUAUAACAUUCUUUCCUCCCCUAUAUACAGAUCCGCAAGAUGAGAAUAAAAUUGGCAUUGACGGGAUUCAACAGUUUUGUGAUGAUUUAAGCUUGGACCCUGCUAGUAUCAGUGUUUUGGUCAUAGCAUGGAAAUUUAGGGCAGCCACGCAGUGUGAAUUCAGCAAAAAAGAAUUUGUAGAUGGCAUGACAGAACUGGGGUGAGUAUGCUUUUCUUUAAUAGGACUUCAAAAUGUUCUUAGUAAACCAAAAGUAACUUUCUGAAAUAUUUCAAAGAUGUGCAUACUGAACAAUUGUAUUAUUUAAUCACACAUGUCUUAUUUAUACACAUAUAACCUGAGUUGUGGUCCAAUGAAGCUAUUUGUUAUCAAACAAACUGUGCAUGUAUCCAGAGCUUUCUGCGUAGCAUUCAUUUGCUGCUCAACCUCCUAUAGCUAACUGUAGACGCUUUUAAAAUCGAACAUUGGCUUUCCUAGUUCACUAUGGGAACUGUCCUAGUAAAAACUACCCAAAGAUGCUCUUAGCCAUUCACAUGGUUUCAUUAGAUGUAUGUGAAUUUCUAGAGUUGGAGCUUUUCCUAGUAGGGACAAUUUCAUUCCCCAGUCCUUCUGUCUGUUCCCUUCAGUUAAGACCAUAUUUAUGGCUCUUUUGGAUUCAGUUGAAGUGUCGUGGAACACAGAAGACCUCCAGCUAGAGGUUUGACCCAUUUAAGAGUUAGUCCUUUAGUGGUGCAUCAAUAAAAAUACUAGCACAUUUGCGAAGCUAAGCAGGGUCCUGUAUGGUUUCAGUUUGGAUGGGGGAACCUCGGGUUGUGAAUCCUGCAUUGCAAGGAGUUGGACUAGAUGUUCUUCGGAGUCCCUUCCAACUUUACAAUUCUUUGAUUCUGUAUAGUUUUCCAAAAUAGGGUGGAGCCUAGGAGAGGUGGACUGGAAACAGACGCCCCAAACGUCCCAGUUCACUUUCAACCCCUUUUGAAAUAUUGCUCACUAGGAGCUCUCCAUGGUGCUGUGACAACUGCCUUGCUCCAUUGGCUCCUCCACAGAACCAGAGCAAGACAGUUCAUCUCUUCCUGUUAUGUAACACAUAAUGUCUAAGAUAACAAUGCUUAGGUUCAUCUUUCUAAUGUCCUCUUGCCUCUUUCAAACAUGUGACCAAAUGUUUUUUUAAAUGUCAUUUGAAGUCACUAAACAUAUAUUUGGCUUUGUUGACAAAAAAGGUCAAAAAUUCUCCCAUUCUUACCCAUACAAUUAGUUUAUCACAAGAUGGACAAAAUUUGAUGUUUUUGUUUGGUUCAGUAAAUAGAUUUUAUAUUUUCUUCAUAAGGCCUGCUUGAAUUUAUUUUCCUCUGUUGCCCUGGGGCAGUGAGACCUUGAAUGGUUUUUGAGUUCUCACACUUCCCCACAGAUGUAGAAUUUAGCAUUUAAGACAGGAGUUAAAAUAAAUACAGGAUCAUAAUGCAUGAAGUAGAUCAUGGUGCAAGAAUGAAGCAGAAAUGAAUGAAAGAAUUAGGAGGAAGUCGCCAACCCCACAGUUCGAAAGCAGGCCAAAAAAGUGCAAGUACUGCUCCGGCGGGAAGGUAAACGGCGUUUCCGUGUGCUGCUCUGGUUUCGGUGUUCCUUUGCGCCAGAUGCUGACCACAUGACCCGGAAAAAACUGUCUGCGGACAAACGCCUGCGCCCUCGGCCUGUAAAGCGAGAUGAGCGCCGUAACCCCAGAGUCGUCUGACUGGACUUAACUGUCAGGGGUCCUUUACCUUUUACCUUUUAGAGGUGCUGGAAGACAGUAUCUCCGCACAUGGACAGCUAGGGAGUCUGUAGUGCCUGAUGACAAAGGGGCGAAGGCUCUGGCUGCAGCCUCUCCCCAGACUUGUAUAUUGCUGAUUGUUCCUGGUAGAGCUGUUUCAACUAGAUAUUCAUGCUGCUAAGUUAGUCCUAUUGGACCUAAAAAUUCUGACUUAAGUCAAGUAGCCUGCUGGAGGAGGGAUGCCAAUUUGACAUCAGUUUUUAUUAGUGCUGUAACAAACCUUUGGGCUUUGCCAAGGAAGGCUGAGCUUAACCAUCACCAAAAAUAGCUUAGGUGGAGAAUAGCUGGUUGCUUUUUGUCUGCUGCUGUAUUAAAUUGCUGGGUUGUUUUUGUGUUUUAUUUUUAAUCUCAUAUGCUACUUUGAGUCUUCCUGCGCUGAAAAUAGUAGUAAAGUACUACUGUUUUAUUUCUAUGUUAGGUAUUAUUCCUCCUGUUUGUGUUUUUAAGCUGUCAGCUUAUUUUAUUUAUAUUUUUAUACGUUGUUGAAUGGAUAUUUUGGUAUUUAUUUAUAAACAUUAUGAUUCUACCUGAUAGGGUUUUUUUAAAAAUUGUUUUUCUUAUCACUCAUUUGAUACAUCGGAGACUACUCAGGGCACAAUUUUGUUCAAAAGUGGCAUACAAGGUGAUGAUGAUGAUGAAAUGUGUGGUAAAAAUAAUAUAUAAAGUUAACCAAGUACCGUAUUUUUUGCACCAUAACACUCACUUUUUUCCUCCUAGAAAGUAAGGGGAAAUGUCUGUGUGUGUUAUGGAGGGAAUGCCUACGGGUGGCAUGCCUACGGAUUUUCCUCCUCUAAAAACUACGUGCGUGUUAUGGUCGGGUGCGUGUUAUAGAGCGAAAAAUACGGUAUUUGUCUCAGAAUGCUAAUGUGGACCUGGAGACAACUAGCAGGCUCAAGAGAAUAUUUAAACAUUCCUCUGUCUGCCAUUUUUUUCCUGUACAAAUGUUUCAAUCCAAUAUUCAUGUUACCAUGGUAAAUGCUGAUUGGUGUUCAUGUAGUUCUGUCCUGCUUUUAAAUGGUUUUAAUAACAUUUUAUUGAUUUUUAGCUGUUUUAAAUGCGUAUUUUGUGGCCUAGAGGCAGGGUGAAAAUGAAAAUAAAUAAAGCAGUUGUGCAGGUUUUUUUGCAUCCCAGCCACAGCACUUUAAUGAAGAAUUGUGGAAUAAUUCAUAGUCACUAGUUCUGUUAAAGUCUUAAAUUAUCAUGCCAGUUAGUCUUAUGCUGAUCCUUGCCUUGUAUAUAAAAACUUUGUAAUAAAGAUGAUUACACUCUUUUAAUAAAGAAUGUAUUUUAUCUUGAACAGUGGGAGCAUAUUUGUCAUGUUUUUGUUGGUGUAUUUAAACUGUAGGGUUUUUUGUUAUAAAAAGAAUAAUAUUUUCACCAGGUGUGAUACUACGGACAAGCUAAAAACUCUUUUGCCAAGGCUGGAACAAGAAUUAAAGGAUCCAAUGAAGUUUAAAGAUUUUUAUCAGUUUACCUUUAACUUUGCUAAGAACCCUGGACAAAAAGGUUUAGGUGAGUUAUGUUGUGCGGUUUUUUUAAGUUGAAGAUAAAAAUCAAUUAAUGUUCUUUCUGUAAUCAGUUCCCUUCCCCAAGUUUUCAUCUUCAGCUGGAAAGUUCAGAUGUACAGUUGUGGCUUCAAUUUAAGUAGCAUUAUCUUUAGAUUACAGUGGUACCUCUGGUUUCGUACUUAAUUCGUUCCAGAGGUCCGUUCUUAACCUGAAGCACCACUUUAGCUAAUGGGGCCUCCCGCUGCUGCCACACCGUCGGAGCACGAUUUCUGUUCUCAUCCUGAAGCAAAGUUCUUAACCCAAGGCAUUAUUUCUGGCUUAGCAGAGUCUGUAACUUGAAGCGUAUGUAACCCGAGGUACCACUGUACAGUUUCGUUGCAACUACACUCUGCAAACAAUUGCAGGGAAAGGUUGCCUGAGAAUCUUUUGGGGACACUUUCAGGUUCGGUGCGAUGCACAUCUGUGCUGUCACGCACAUAUCAGACACACCUAAAAUGGUCACUGCCAGCAAUAGUAGUAGUAGUAAACUGCUAUCUAAGAAACCUUUAAGUAAGGAAGUAAGCCUGCAAAAAUAAUGUUUGUUCUAAUUAACACAAAUGGAAGAUGUGUACAUUAAGACACUUUUGAACAAUAAGACUAAUGUGUUCAUGACCACAUUAGUUUAUUGAAAAAUGACAUUAUAUGCCAAGAAUCAUCUUAGAACUGCAGUUGUUCAUAUGCUCCAUUAGAGUAGCAUAUGAGGGUAAUUUUUCAGAGAUACAGGAAUGUUUUAAAGGACGUUCGUACACAGUCAUACCCCAAAUUGAUUGUAGCUAUUGCACAAUUCUCCAGAAAGUGUUAUUCUGUUGUCAUUGCUAAUACAGAUACAGUGGUCCCUCUGGUUGCUAAUGGGAUCUGUUCCAGAGUGUGAUUUGGCGCUUGUGCGCAUGCACGAAGCACGAUUUAGCACUACUGCGAAUGCUCGAGUGGUGAAACCUGAAAGUAACCCUGUCCGGUACUUCUGGGUCACCGCAAGAGCAACCUGAAAAAACGUAACAUGAGGUAUGACUGUACCUCAUCUACACUUAGGAGGCUAGACUUGCUAACGUUGGCAACCUUUUUUCAAAUUUUGCUAGGUGUGUGUUUCCAUAUGCAAAUUGUUUUGGGAGGGGGAACACAGAUUGGUGUGAGCAAGUUUAUUUACUAGGUGUGCUCCUGAAUGUGGAUUAUACUAUUAUUAAUUAAUUAAUUAAUUAAUUAAAUUUAUAUACCUCCCUAUACCUGCAGGUCUACAGGGGAAUGCAGAAUCUUCAACAACUAUUUUAUGUUUAAUGUUAUCAGAACAAUAGUGUAGCACAUUUGAAUAAGAAGUUAAAUGUGGGUUGCAAUAGUCUUUUCUAAAUAUGAUUUAUAUGCUUUACUAUGACAUAUAUUUUACUUUUCUGUAUUUCACCAUUAUCAUGAGUACACAUGAAUGAAGAUAGUCUGGUUCUAAGUUUUGUUUUAAAUUUAUCUGCCACACCAAAGGAAUGUUAGUUUUAUCUUUGCGGCUCAGACACAGUAGCUGUGAAGAUCGUAUACCGGAGGGCAAACAUGAUAAUGUGUACUAUCUUGAGAAGGAAAUAUUUGUGUUCAUGCUCUGGGAACCAAAAUUGUUGUUUUGUUGCUGAUAAUCCAGCCUUUUCUUGCAACCAAAACUGGGAAUGGUCAAAGCUAGAAUUAGUAAUAUAGACCUCAGAAGAAGCAAUAUGAGAAGCAAAUACAGCACAGAAUUAAAUUCAGUUCUCAUGUUGUCUUAGUGGGUGCUGGUAUGAAGGGGAAAACAGGUUUAAAUGGAGGGAGCCAAACUUACUUCAUUAAUGAGGUUUGGAAGUAGCCAAACUCCUGGCUAUCUAUGACCACACUGAUCAUUUGCAUCAAAAUGUCAUUGACCUCUGAUAAACCUAGUUGUAACAAAGCCCAAGAUAAGGUUACAAUCCUGUUUCUUAGUUCAAUGGGAAAUUUUUCUGAGUAAACAUACAUAAGAUUGGUUUAUAAGAAUUAUAAAUGAAGAAUUGUUGCCUUUGCAUCUUACGUAAACUGAAACAUCAUUGAUGUUCAAACAAGGUUAUUCUCCUGGCCAUGCACAUUAUUUUGGUAUAAUCACUCGGAGUCACAGGUUAAAUCACAUUUGGAAAUUAGUACUGGAUAAUUAUGUGUUUUGCUAAAAGUUAACAACUUGAAAUCUUUCAACCUUUUUCUCUUCAAUGAGUUGUAUUGCCUUGUUCAAAAUAGCCAGAGGUACCGUAUUUUGUUCUUUCAAAACUUAAAGUGGUAAACAAUGAAUACCAAAAAAUAGUAUUUUUAAAAGCAAGUCUUCCAUGUUUAGGACUAGCGCUACACACAUACAAACACCGAGGCUUUACUGUAGAAUCACCAAACGAUAUCUCCAAACCUAUAUUGGUAUUUAUUUAUUUUUAUCUUGGUUUUAAAAAUUACUCAUUCUAUAUUGGCUUAGAGCGCAACAUCUUUCAUAUGAUUAUAUAUUGUAUGUUAUGCUUAUGUAUUUCAGAUCUAGAAAUGGCAAUCGCAUAUUGGAAUUUAGUUUUAUCAGGGAGAUUUAAAUUUCUAGAUCUUUGGAAUAAAUUUUUAUUGGUAAGUACAAUACUGGAAGUCCAUAGAGGCAUCUGAAGUCUUUACCUUUUCAUAUUAAGCAUUUACAGUGCAACAAACUCAGAGCUCGGCCCUACUCUCCCCGAUGGGGAAGGGGGUUCAGGAUGGUGUGUUAGUGUCCUGGCAGAAAAGAAUGCUGCUGGCGGGGGUUCUGUCGAGGUGAAUAUGUCAGCUUUCUCCAAGCAGGUGAUAAGCUCCUUCUGGAGGUUGGCAGCAGAAAACCCUGAUAAGUGUGAGAGAGGCAUUAGUAGCUUUGGAUGCACUUGAUCCAAAGCCCCAUGGAUCCCCUAAGGGGCCUGAUCCUUGGGCAUGUCAGAUCUGGCAAAGCAAAAAAGGGAGGAUAAACAUGCCCUCCCUUCCACCAUCUCUGGCAUGAGCAGUAGGGCGUUUGGGUGCAGCCGUGGAUCUGCUGCUCCCAAGCCAGGUUUGGGAUUGAUCUGCUGACCUUAUGACUUUUUACUCAGAUGUUGUGCCCAGCUGAGAUUUUACAAAAUUUGUGACAAAAUCUAAAAAUAGUUUAUACCAGCUUAUUUUUCUUGUGUAGGAGCAUCAUAAAAGAUCAAUCCCCAAAGAUACUUGGAAUCUUCUUUUAGACUUUGGAAAUAUGAUUGCAGAUGAUAUGUCAAACUACGACGAAGAAGGUAACUGAUGUAGAUAUUCAAAAUUAAAUGGAGUGGUGCUGAAGUAAUACUGUCCAUAAACAUUCGCCCUGUGUGUCCACUAGGCGAAGUGUGUGUGUGUGUGUGUGUGUGUGUGUGUGUGUGUGUGUGCUGCAAAAUAAUGUUGACCCUAAAAUGUAGCUGAAGCGUUUUGUAAUUUGCACUUGGCUAUUCAACUUGGCUUCCCUCUGGAGGAUUUCAUAUGGAUAAAAUCUGAGUUGUGAACACGUGUGCAAAGAUAAAUGCAUUGCUUUUUAAACAUUCAAAGGUUUUGACUCAAAGCUGUUUAACUUUUUUUUUUAUUUUUAGGAGCAUGGCCAGUUCUAAUAGACGAUUUUGUGGAAUAUGCACGACCAGUAGUCACAGGAGGAAAACGUAAAGCUUCCUAACCAUAGACUCUUCUCAGUGGACUUAAUAAGUUUGCAGUCUGAACUGCAUCAGGUAAUGAAGACAUUUUGGCCAAUAACUGUGCGCACUGUCACUGGUUUCGAUAGUCGUGGUGGGAUGCCACUGACGAAACAGGAAUCACUACUUCUGCUUCAAGAAAAUGAUGGCUGACUCAUGGACACUGCAAGAAGAAAUUCAGAAGAUAGCCCAGGCUGUUUGUAGGAUAUUGGCUUCAAUUAUUGUACUGGUUGUAUCAUAUAGGAUGUAGAUUUUGCAUGAUUUUAUACUUUGGAGAAGUUUAACUAGAGGCCAUUUUAGUAAAAGUUUUGACAGCACAGCAUGCCAUUCAGUUCAUGAACACCAGCAGUUACAUAAUUACAACUGUAUUAUAUUGUACUUAAUAUUAAAAAGCAGUAUUUGUGGUAUAUAAAUUAAAUCCCUAAAUAAAGUAUGUGGUAUGUGGUAUUUUUAUAUGAAGUUAAAGCUGAUGAAAGAAUGCAGUGAAAUGUUUAUUGACACAUCUCUUCAGCAUGGUGCCAUGAUUCUAAAUUUAUGGAAAGGCCAAGCUGAACCAUUUUUUAAAACAGAUUUCCUCAUUCCACACUGACCUUAUGAGAAUUUGUUUGCACUUGAUCAAUAAUGAGGCAACCAAGUAUCUGUAUUGUGGCUAUUGUUAAUAUUUUGAAUGUAGAGGAAACAUUCAAGAAUCAUUUGAUAUUUCAUGAUUGCCUAUUGAAUUUUCCAAGUAUAUUAUGUAUACGAUCUGGCUCAAGACCAUUUUAAGUUCCUCUGAUAUUAGUGGAAGCAAGACAUACACAUGCUUAAUUCUCCCACUGAAAUCAAAGUCACUUAAAAAGUGCUUAAGUUCAUUUGAUUAUGUCGUUAUAUAUGCAGCAGUCUGAUACUGAGUGAUUUCCAAAUCGUGGCCAGGAACUCAAGGUGUAUUGAUUGUCAACUCAUAGAUUAAGGACUGAGAAAUGCAUUGCGCCUUGACCUAAAGUGGGUUCCACAAAUGGUACCAGCAUCAUUUUAUCUUUUUUAAACAGUAUAGAUGCAAAGGAAGACAGGACUGUUGUGCCUCCUAUGUAGAAGGAGUGAUUUCAGCAGACAUAUCUUUCUCAGCCUGCAUGAUUUCCCUUCUUAAAUUUCCUCUUCUGUAUGACAGUUGAAGUUGCAGGAGCCCAUCUCUUCAUUGUAACUUGUUAUCCUAGAAAGAAAUAGAGGAAGGUGAACAUUUGCAAUAAAUAAAGUAAAGAAAUUAAAUUGGGUCCCAUGUUGCAUCUGAUAAGGUUGAAAGCAUGUAAAGUGGUGGAUUUCACAAGCCUUCCUUUUGAGUUACAAAAGAGCCAAUAGAGGGUAAUGUCAAGCUAUGUAGUACAAGGUGACCAAUUUCACUUUUAGACUAGGUUAACAUCAUCAGCUGUGUUCUGCUAAGGUGAAACUUCAGUAAGAAAAAUAGAAACUACAAACAACAGUAGUGAAUUGAAUGUUGCCUAUCUUUCAUUUCACCACUAGAUGCCAGUAUGACAGCUUUUAGAUAUCUCUUAUUUUUCUAGCCAGGUGGUUAGGCUAGGAACUGUGAAAAAGCCAGGUACAGUAUUCUCAAAAGGUCAUUCAGCUACCUUAAUGCAUUUGCCCAGAAAUGUAUCUGGACAUUAAAUGUCUUCAGAUGGGGUCUACAGCAGGCCUUCCUAAUCUGUGGCUCUCUAGAUGUUCCUGGACUAGAAUUCUCAUCAUCCUUGAGUCUUGGCCAUGCUGCCUGAGGCUGAUAGCAGUUAAAAGUCCAUAUGGAGUGCCACAGAUUAGCUAUCUGUGAUCUACAGCAAAAAAAAGACCCUAACAGGUUGCACUAGGUUUGAAACUGUCCUUGCAAGAUCAGUGGGCUAGAAAUGCUUUGUCUUUAAAUGUUAAACCCUUGUUUUUUUCUAAUAACCAGUUACAUUCAUCUACCGCUUCUUAAUCUAAGUGUUAAACAGUUAAAAUGUGAUAUUGGAUACAGACAUGUAUUGCAAGUUAAACAUGAAAAUCUUAGCAGCAUGUUGAUAGUUUGUAUUAGAAUUUAACUUGCAGCUUAAUGUAUUUGAGCAUGCAGAUGGUUAUCACAACCCUUACGUUUUCCUGUUCUUAUAUUUUGAGGAUAUAUGUCCUUAAUACAGUUUAGUAUGAUGGGCAAUAUUCGCAAAAUUUAACAUAUCCCUGGUACAUUGAGAAUUCUAGAACUUCAUGGGGAUCCCAGAGUUGAUCGAGGGACAAGAUUUUAAUUAAUGGUGGCCAAAUUCCUAAAUAUACGCUGCAUAAUUUUCUGCAACAUCUAGUGUUCAGUUAACCUUAAAACUGCAAUGAAGAGAAUGAUGAUUGAUAGAACUGUCUCCAUUCAUCAGAGCCAACAAAAUACUUGUUAUUGUGCACCAAAAAUGAUAAUUAACAAGUCAUAAAAUGGGGGGUGGAUUUAUACGUUAAAGGCAGUAAGCACAAAACACAAUAUAACAAUCUUUAUUUUCAAAUCACAGCAAACUUUUGAAUCAGGUUAUAAUUUCCAGUACAUGUAACAGGAACAUAAGCUGGAAUGAAAAAGGCUUGCUCAAGAACAAACAAUGACUCCGAACUCAGGUGUUCAAAGCAAAUCCAUCUGAUUUAUCAGUAGUGUCAAUUGGACUCUAGUAUGUGCAUGACAGUUGUGCAAUUGAGUAACAGCAAUCUUGAUGGCAAAAGAGAUAUUACUACCUGAUGAAAUAAGUUCAUUUAAUUAGUAACACCAAAAUUUGGUUUGAGUGCUAAAUUCUCUGCAGAAAAUGUAUGAAUGAAGAUUACUGUAAUCUCUGAAAAUAUGUUUUGGGACAAUCUUACACAAAUGUAACCCAUGCUUUGUUAAAACUGCCAGGUUUUUUCUUCUAACCCUAUGCACUUCAGGGAAUUAAAACAGGAAGUGGUCAGUUGCCAUAACUAAUUCAUAUUUUUAAAUAUGGAUCUUCCAAAAUACCGAUGGAUCAUCAUCUUGUUUGGCUUGUAAAGCUGUUUUUGUACUACUAUAUUAGGAAAUAAUUUUAUAUCCUCAGAGGUGGAAUGAAGAGAAUAUUAAAAGAUGGCCUUUCCUUUUAGCAAUGAGUAGCACCUUUUUGUUAGCUUGUGAGUUGCCUUACAGAACUACCCCUUUCCUUCACAGGCCUGUGAAAUUUUGUGUCACAUUUUAUUUAAAUCAAAUUGUUCAAAGUUUACACUUCUGUAUUUUCCCACAGUGGAUAACAUGUAAAAGUAUUUUCCUACCUACAUGCUCAAGUGUGAAUCCUGCCAGAGAUUUUAUUUUUUUUUUAAUGAGAGAGAACCUUGAAUUAUGCUGGAAAUAGAAACCAAAGCUAAGCAUCCUUUGGGAAACGCCUAGUUGCCCCAGAAUAACCUAACUAUGUGUGUACCUAAUGUGAUUCUCAUGUAGGAGCACUAGGAAGGAAACACUGUUCAAUUACUUCUGUAUGGCUCAGUGUUGUUUCACUGCAAUAAAACAUUUAUGAGUGUGCUGCAGGGCAGCAAACAAACUUAAA